AUAGCAUUACAAGCUCGUCUUCAGAAAACGAGUAAAAUAGUUGUAGCCAAACAAGCAGUCAACGACGAAGACCAAUCAGUGUAAAUACAAGAAAACCGUGUUAAAAAAAAUAUAUAAAAAAAACAAGAAGUAAUUGUGUCUAGUUUAAAUACCGACAAGCUCAUUCAAUCCUAAAAAUCAUUCAUCAUAAAAAAUGGCAAGUGUGUGUAUGACGCAAACGGGUUACCAGCAACAGCAACAUCACUUUCAAAUGUUGAACGGCAACAUAAUGUUGUUGCAGAAAGCGCAACAACAACAGCAGCAACUGCAACAACAAACGCUCCAGCAAACAGCGCUCUACCAAGCGAAGAAGCAGCAAAGCAUCGCACCGGCAACCAAAGUGCUAGGCAGCAGCAAUCUGCAUAACAUCCAAAUGGGUCCGGGGGCUGGUGAUGACCUGCUGCCACGCAAGAAGUACACCUACAUGAAUAUGCCCUAUGGCGAGCAGUUGCCGUCGGUGGCGCGUCGCAAUGCGCGCGAGCGCAAUCGUGUCAAGCAGGUGAACAACGGUUUCGCCAACUUGCGUCAACAUCUGCCACAAACGGUCAUCAAUACGUUGUCGCAUGGCGGACGCGGCGCCAGCAAGAAGCUCUCCAAAGUCGAUACGCUGCGCAUUGCGGUCGAGUACAUACGCGGUCUGCAGGACAUGCUCGAGGAGUCGCAACCCAGCACGGCUAGUAAUAUGCAUGCCGGCACGGUGGUCUGCGAUGAGUCCAGCAAUGAUGGCAGCAACUACGGCUACUCCUCCAUGGGCAGUCCCAGCGAAGUCGCAUUCAACCAGCUGCAACGCUCCUAUCACUCUGAGGCUUCGGUCUCACCAGCGCCCAGCUACAGCGGUGACUCGGACAUUUCUAUUGGCGGCGCCAACUAUUUGCAUCCCGUCAAGUUGGAGGCACAGCAGCAGCAACAGCCACAGACGGCUAUGCAUGCGUCGCAAUUCAAAUUCGAGUCGUUCGAUGAUUUCGCACAUUUGUCGCCCGAGGAGGAGCAGCCCGACGAUGAGGAGCUCUUGGACUACAUCUCUUCGUGGCAAGAGCAAUAAGCUGCGCGUUGCAAGCACAUAUCAGUGACCCAAAUAACCUGCGCAAAUUAUUCUUAAAAAUCAAUUGAGAGAGACAAUACAGACCAGUGGCAACUCAGGACUCCGUAUUUUCCACAAAUACAAUCUAUUCUACUUCAAUGAGCGUUGUGUAUGAAAAAGUUGAAUUUUUAUUCGACUUUUUGUAAAAUUUUGUAAAUAGUGCCUUGCCAAAAAACAAACUUUUAUUGUGUUAAAUUUUAGUUUAAGUAAAUAUUUUUUUUAUUAAUUUUAAGUUAUGGAAGACAAAUGAUUUAAAACCCUACUCAUAAGUUAAGCGGUAAUUUUAAGCAAUGGAAGACAUUAAACUAAGACUUGUAGACUAAUCAAACCACUAUAAAAAUGCAAACAAAGAAAAACAACAAACCAAAUAAAACAAAAUACACUGAAAAACAUAAA